GGAGCCGCCGCCGCGGCUCUUCGGGGAAACCCACCGGGGCGCGCGGAGGAGGGAGCGGCCGUGGGCUGCGGAGCCCGGCGCCGCGCCGGGCGGGGGCGCGGCCAAUCGGGCGGCGGGCCCGGCGCGCGCGGAGCCAGGCGACAUGGAGGGAGGCGCGGCGCCCGGCCGCCCCUGACGCGCCGCUCCGUCCCGGUGGUCGGCGAGCCCGAGCCGCCCGGGGCCCCGCGGCGCGGAGAUGAGCAGGUCCGCGGCGCUCCUCUUCUGCCUGCUGGGCUGCAACGUCUGGAAGGCGGGGACCAAGACGCUGCGGGAGCCCGGCGCCGGAGCCCAAGAGGUUACACUGAAAGUCCACGUCAGUGAUGCCAGCACCCACCAGCCCGUCCCAGAUGCGCUCAUCGAGAUUUUCACCAACCAGGUCUCCAUUGCCUCUGGCACCUCGGGCACGGAUGGCGUCGCUUUCAUCAAGUUCCAGUAUAAGCUGGGCAGUCAGCUGAUCGUCACCGCCACGAAGCAUGCCUAUGUGCCAAACUCUGCCCCGUGGAAGCCAAUCCGAUUACCUGUAUUUUCUUCACUGAGCCUGGGCCUGCUUCCAGAACGAUCUGCGACUCUAAUGGUGUAUGAAGAUGUUGUCCAAAUAGUCUCAGGAUUCCAAGGUGCCCGGCCACAGCCUCGCGUUCACUUCCAGAGGAGAGCUCUGCGGUUGCCUGAGAACACCAGCUACAGUGACCUGACGGCUUUCCUCACUGCCGCCAGCUCCCCGUCCGAGGUGGACAGCUUUCCCUACUUGCGAGGACUAGACGGGAACGGAACAGGAAACGGCACCAGGUAUGACCUGACCCCAGUCACGGCCGUCAGUGUCCACUUGCUCAGCAGCGAUGGAACGCCAGUGCUGGUGGACGGCCCCAUUUAUGUCACCGUGCCCCUGGCCACCCAGAGCAGUCUGAGGCACAAUGCCUAUGUCGCGGCGUGGCGAUUUGACCAGAAGCUGGGAACGUGGCUGAAGAGUGGUCUGGGCCUCGUGCACCAGGAAGGUAGCCAGCGGACGUGGACGUACAUUGCCCCUCAGCUGGGGUACUGGGUGGCAGCCAUGUCUCCUCCCAACCCAGGUCCCGUUGCCACACAGGACAUUACCACGUAUCACACGGUGUUUCUUUUGGCCAUUUUAGGAGGGAUGGCUUUCAUACUUUUGGUUCUGCUGUGUCUCCUUUUAUAUUAUUGCAGGCGGAAAUGCUUGAAACCUCGUCAACACCACAGAAAACUCCAACUUCCGACGGCCCUCGAGAGCUCCAAAAGAGAUCAGUCAACUUCCAUGUCUCACAUCAACUUGCUGUUUUCACGUCGGGAGUCAGAAUUCCCCGGCCCGCUCUCUGUCACCGGCCACGGCCGCCCGGACGCCCCUGGGCCAAAGGAGCUGAUGAGCGGGGUCCAUUUAGAAAUGAUGUCUUCCAACGGAGAAGCAGACAUGCACACCCCCAUGCUAAAGCUUUCCUACAGCACCUCGCAAGAGUUCAGCUCGCGGGAGGAACUUCUCUCCCACAAGGAAGAGGACAAAAGCCAAAUCUCCUUUGAUAACCUGACACCAAGUGGGACGUUGGGAAAAGAGUAUCGUAAGUCCGUGGAGAUUUUCCCCUUAAAGUCCAGGAAAUCUGUGGAAAGAGAAGGCCGUGAAUCCCCUGGCAACAGCGAGUACAGGAGGAGCUACAAUGCCAUGCUCUCGCAGCCCCUGUUUGAAAAGCAAGACAGAGACGGCCAGGCCUCCGCUAACCAUAUUUCCACGGGAAGCAAACUCACCAUUCAGGAACACAUGUACCCCACGCCUUCAUCUCCCGAAAAGGAACAGCUGCUGGACCGCAGGCCUACUGAGUGUAUGAUGUCCCGGUCAGUGGACCACCUGGAGAGACCCACGUCCUUUCCGCGGCCAGGCCAGUUGAUCUGCUGUAGUUCCGUUGACCAGGUCAACGACAGCGUUUACAGAAAGGUAUUACCUGCCUUGGUCAUCCCCGCGCACUAUAUGAAACUCCCCGGGGACCACUCCUAUGUGGGCCAGCCCCUGGUCGUUCCAGCCGACCAGCAGCUGGAGAUCGAAAGACUGCAGGCUGAGCUCUCCAGCCCUCACGCGGGGAUCUUCCCGCACCCCUCCUCCCAGAUCCAAGCGCAGCCCCUGUCCUGCCAGGCCAUCUCCCAGCAGCACUUGCAGGAUGCAGGCGCCCGGGAGUGGACCCCGCAAGGCGCGUCCAUGUCAGAGUCCCUCUCCAUCCCGGCCUCCCUGAACGAUGCGGCCUUGGCUCAGAUGAACAGCGAGGUCCAGCUCCUGACCGAGAAGGCUCUGAUGGAACUUGGGGGUGGGAAGCCGCUCCCACACCCCCGGGCGUGGUUCGUCUCCCUGGACGGCAGGUCCAAUGCGCACGUUAGACAUUCCUACAUUGAUCUCCAAAGAGCCGGAAGGAACGGAAGCAAUGAUGCCAGUUUGGAUUCUGGCGUGGAUAUGAAUGAACCAAAAUCUGCCCGGAAGGGAAGAGGAGACCCCUUGUCCCUCGCACAGAACCACCCGGCCGUCCAGGAGCAUCCGCAGAAAGAGCCGCGGGCCGCGGACAGCACCUCCUACACGCAGCUCGUGUACCUGGACGACAUGGACCAAAGCGGCAGCGAGUGCGGCACCACCGUCUGUACCCCCGAGGACAGUGCCCUGCGCUGCUUGUUGGAUGGCUCCGGCCGGAGAAGCGGCGGCCAGCUGCCCAGCCUGCAGGAGGAGACGACAAAACGAACUUCGGACGUCCCCCCGGAGCCGCUAGCCAGCCCGGAGCAGAGAAGAUCGGCCCAGGAGGACGACGAAGAGGAAGACGAGGAGGACCAAGGAGAGGACAAGAAGAGCCCCUGGCAGAAGCGGGAAGAGAGACCCCUGAUGGCGUUUAACAUGAAGUGAGCUGUCACAGCGCCACCCGUCGGCGGAACAUAAUAAAAAUUGCCAAAAAUUCUUUUCUUAGGGAAGCGUUUACUUGUUCGUGGAGGAGGUGGAGCAGCGGCAGCCGUGGAAGCGGACUUAAGCUGCAUCACGGUUCACUGUGUAAAUGUUAGAACGGAAUUAAAGUUACCGGAUGAUGUUCGUGGACGCCUCACCGCCAGGGAGAUGGCUGAACAGGAGUGUCUGAAUGUGGCUCCUGCGUCUGGGACGCGCCUCCCCCCCCUCCCCACCCCCCCCUCCACCCCCACCCCCACCCCCACCCCCAUCCCAGGACACUGAGAAACCACGAGUGAUGUCGCUCAGCUCUGCUGAUAACCUCAGUUCUCCCUCAGAUUCUAGGAACAGAUGAGACUCUUUUCACAUUGCUUGAAUCCAUUUUAUCACGAUAAUGCUCCUGUGACGUUAUUAUUGGGAAAUUAGCGUAGCACUUAGUGUCUCGAGGUAUGCGUUAUCUCAAAGGAAAGCUAUGCACCGCUGCUUCGUGCUCUUGGUUUGCUUAGGUGUUUUUGCUUUGGUUAGCUUUCGUUUCGGGUUUGCUUUAGAAAACACACACACACACACACACACACACACACACACACACACACACAACUUGGUUGUGAAAGAUUUUAUUUGUUGGUUUUCAUCUGUUCUGCUUCUCGACGGUUUAUUUCGGUGUCUCUUUUCGCGAACUCCUGAGUGUCAUCUCUUAAACAAGCCUUUUAAUGAAAUCGUACUGAAGUUUUUUAUCAGCUGAGAGCCCUUCAAUUCUGGUCCCAUUAACUCCAAGUGCCUUUUUUACAGUGACAACAGCAGUCCCCUCACCUUUUCUUCUUGUUGUUGUUGUUUUGUUUUUUUCCUUAACUCCUUUCAUUGAACUGCCUGGAUUUUAUAAAGUUAUUAAAUGAUACCCCUUUUCUUUAAGCUGCAUGCUGCCAAAUGCCCGUUUCUGCUCCGAAUUCUCAUUUCAACGCAGUGUUCUCUCUAGUGCCCAUGUGUGACGUGAAUUCUGUUGAGCUAAGGUAGACUAGAGGACACUUUAGAGAUCCCCUGCCCUCCUCCGUCCCUUCGGCCACUAGCCACCAUUAUGGUUUCAUUGGCUGUUUGUAUAUACGGUUAUGUAUUAACUCGGGAAUCCUAUGGGCUGACCUUGCUCACCAGACACAGAGUAUGGACUGAGCAAGUGAAUGUGACUAUUACAGAAAUCGUAUGUACUAUCCAAAAGUGCCAGAAUGACUCUUCUGUGCAUUCUCCUUAAAGAGCUGCUUGGUUAUCCAAAAAUGAAAAUUCAAAAUAAAUGCUGAA